AACAAAAAUCAAGUGUAUGGACCGCUAAUAUUUGGAACGGUGAAAAAGGAAAAAAUGGCAGCGCCAAAUGAUUUUUUCUCUGGAGUAAUUGGGAAAGUAGCUUUCGUCAAUAAAUGGCCAUUGCUUUUGAAGGCGACUCAGGACGAUGAUAUUCCAACUCCUGGUUAUCUCUUCAAGGAAAUAGCAGAUAUUACAUAUGAAUCUGGAAGUAAUUGUCAAUGUCUGGUUGACUUCCUGGUGGAGAGACUAGAGAAGAAAUCAUGCCACAUCAAAUACAAGGUUCUUAAGAUAAUGCUUCAUUUGGUUGAGCAAGGCCAUCCAUCUUACUGUGAAGGUCUAAGACGUAAAGCUCAGGGGAUCCAAUCAUCUGCAAAGUGCAGUGGUCCCCCUGACCCCCUCCACGGUAUGGCCCCCUACGUUGCUGUGAGAAAAGCAGCUAAGGCUUUGAGUGAGAGGUUAUUUGACACCGAGGUCACACACAGCAGACCGUCCAAUCAUGCUUGGAAGCAGGGUCACAUGACACAUGGCACAAGGCAGUCAAUAGAGGGCACCACCAAGAAGAUGGAAGGAUUUGGGAAUACUCCAGUUGUAUCACAGAAGCCGGUCACCAUUGAAUCUCUCGGGGAGACGAUGAGGGGCGGCUUACAGCAGAUAGCCAGCAAGCUGAGCGGGGAGAAUAAAAGUGCAAUGACCUUUAACCAGGCUGAUACAGGUUACAAGCCUCUCCAUGGAUACGACCCGACCUCCAACCAUAGUCUUCAGAGCCCAGUGAGGCAGAGCUUGAUGAGUAGCGGCUCUUCCCAGUGGUCUCCUCAGCAUAGUAUACCCACAGACUACUCCCCUGUUAUGCUGGAUGAUGAUGGGGAUGAGAUAAGGAGAGAAACCAUCUCCAAGGCAACACAAGCAUCAUCAUCAUCAUCAUCAUCAACAUUAUCAAGACGUUGGCAACAUCCGAGAAUAGAUACUCCACAUACUGAAGGGUCUUCUAUGCUGAAAGAGGAAGACAAUAAUUUAAUUGAUACAUCAUCAGUAUCAAGAGGGAGGCAAAGCAAUGGAUCAAAGAGCAGUGAUCAGCUCAGUGGUGCAGGCUCAGAUUUAUCAGAAAGACUAGCAUCAGUGAGUGUAACAGACUGGUCUGAGGAAGUCUCGAUGGUAGAAUUGUUCAUCUCAGGCCAUCAGGAAGGCCGACCAACCCCAACCAAAGAGGAGCUUCAGAAGUUUGUUAAGAAGAGUUCAUUAUUAAAUUGCGAGAAGAUGAUAGAACUACUGACAUCAUAUCUAACAACAUCGUACAACACUCAGUUACUUUGUUUGUUUGGCAUCGAAGCCAUUCUGAAAGAGGAUUUAAUCUCGUCCGACGUGGCUCUUAGUCUUCUCAGUUCUCACCUUACAUCAUUGCAGGGUAGCCAAGAUAAAGCUAUCAGGGAAAAGUCUCUCAAGAUUUUACGUCAGUUGGAGAGGCUUGAAGCAGACACCAGUCUAGAUCAGCCACUGAUGCCGGAGAGCCAGCUCAUCUUCCAGUCAGUAUUAGAAGCUGCUGAGGCUGAAAUACCAGCAUCCUCGGCUAACACAACUCCACUGAAAACUGUUCUGCCAAGAGAUGCCUUUUCUUCCUCAGACGGAGCACCAAAAUCAUCUGGAGGAUCUUUGUUCAGUGGUAUGACCGUAGCGACCAGAUCGCCAGUAGCUCCUGGAGGGAAGACCUCAACAGGGAUGUCUUCGAGUUCUGCCAGUAGGCACAAGGAAGCUGAAGAAGGACAUUCAGUAGCUGAUCUGCUAAUAGACACCCAGUUCAUGUCAAAGUCAGACUCGUCAGAAACAAACUUACUCCUUUCUGACACUAAGCCAAGUUCAGUAACAAAUAAUCGGACACAAGGAGAGUUCACACAGGUAAUGAGUGCACCUGCUGCUUAUAGCUUAAGUAAUGUAAACCCUGCAGCAACAUCAGUACAUCAGAAAUCUGUUGAUCCAGAGGCAUCUCAGCACAGUAGGGUGGAUCCUAUAAUGUCCAGAGAGGCAGGGUUCGCUGACCUGUGGAACACGGUGUCCCCCAAGGAAGCAUCUUCUGACCCAAAGGCUUCAUCAAACCAAGUUCUCUCACAGCUCAGUACAGCAACGCCACAGGUUGAUAUGCCUUCACAACAUCCUCAUCCUAGCAUGACCUUACAACAGCCAGUCAUGUCAGCACAGCAUAUUUCCCAGAUGUACCCUCAGCUAUCAUCGAUCACCCUGAGUGGGAUGACCUCGACACCGAUCAAUCUUGCCAAAAAACCAACCACGGGGUUUGGAUUUGUUGUGGACAAUGAUGAUGAGAAGCAGAAAGCAGGAGCAAGUAGAGAUGCCUUUAGUUUCAUCCAAGAUGCAAUGAAAGAUAGCAAAUCAUGAUGACUAAUUAAAGAGGAAAUUAACCUCACAUGGGAUACCCUUACAUGUAGAGACAACUGUAGUGAUUGGCCUCCUAUCAGUUUAGAAUAUAAGCCCCUUAAAAACAGUUUGAACACUCAAGUUGAAUCAAUUUUUAGCUCUCUCGUCAUGGCAUAAUUAAUCAUCACUUGAUUAUUAUCAUUAGAAAUUGUGUCUAUUCCCCUUUAAAAUGACGCCAUAUGUAAACAAUUUUCCAGCCAGAGAGUGAGUAGCACAACAUAAUAUAGGGCGGGGUAAAGAGGUGAGCACUGCAUGGUAUUGGUAUGCAUAGCACUCUUUUUUUCUUAGACACAAGUGUGAUUUAUGACAUUGAGGCUUUUGUUUCCCAACUGGUCAUCCUUGAAUGGCAAAUUCUGAAGAAUCUGAUAUUGAAAUUCAUGCAUUAUGGUGACAUGUCAGGCAAGAUUCAAUUUACUGAUUGGUGAUCAACUUUCUGAGUGUACAAUACAUAUGGGAUGCAGUAACUUUUCGGAUCUAAAUUGUGUAAAUCUGAUAUGAAAAAUCUGGUAUUAAAAAAUGUGCCAGACUCUAUGUGAUAAAGUCAUGAAAGCUUGCAGCAAAAAAAACCUCAAUCGUAUCAUGGCAAGGGGUAGGAGGUGGAAUCUGCCUCCCUCAUCCCUUUUAGUUUAAAAGGGGAAGUCCACCCUGAUAUUUUUUUUUGGUUUUGAUAAAAUCAGAAAAAUGAGAGAGGCUAAUUAGUGGAAGUUUGAGCAAAAUUCAAUUAAAAUAGGAAAGUUAUGAAUUUUGAAUUUGUUAUCAGUUGCGUAUUUUGCGAGCUCCUCUCCAAUUUUCUCUAUACAGAAAAUGUUAUAAACUUCAUUUCCUUAGAUACUGGUGACAGAAUGAAUUUUCUCAUAUAGGGGAUGUAUAAAAACGUAUGUGAGAUAAUUUAAUUUAGGGUUAAUGACUGAUUUAAAAUUUUCAUGAGGGAAACUAGACAUUUUUAAAGUGUUUUAGUACUGGGCAAAUGGGAGGGGAGCUCGCAAAGAUUUGUCACAGAGUUGCCAAUUUUGAUUUGAUUGAUCGCACCUUCAAAAAUUCAUAACAUUCUAAUUUUUAAUCAGUUUUGGCUCAAGCUUUUACUGACCUGUUUCUCCCAUUUUUCUGCUUUUAUUAAAACCAACUUAAUACCAGGGUAGUUAGUGUUAAGCAUGUUCACACCCGUAAAAAGAUGAGGGUAAAAAUACUGUUAGCACUUUGGUCAGUUACAUUUACGUUGUGACCCAAAAAAGCUUUAUGAGAAACCAUUGUUAUUGUUAAUCAGGUAGGCCUAGUUGUAUUUCCGUUCAUCUCUUUCAAGCAUCUCAUUUAUUAUUUGUCUUUCCAAAUGUCUGUUUUUCUGCAAUGUUUGUUUGGUGGGGGGGGGGGGUUCUUGGUCACAAUGGUUCACGCCUUUCCACAAUAGUAAAUAUCUCUUUUGUGUAUAAAAGCAUGAUUGCUUUUUAACAA